AUGCACGCCCCAACCACUCGCACCCGCCGGGCCAUCCCUUUCGUCGUCCUCGUCCCCCCAGACGUCGUCCCCGCCAAACGAGAGCGUUUUGAAAAAGACGGGGCGGUGGUGAUAGAAGUCCCAUAUCUUGAGCUUCCGGAAUGGGUUAUUCCCGCAGAAGCGCGUUGGAAAGACGUGAUGAGUAAACUUCGAGCGUGGCAGCAGACGCAAUUUUCUCGUUGUUUGUUGCUGGAUGGGGAUAUGAUUCUUAAUGCUCCUUUGGAUGGGGUUUUUGAUGAUGAUGCUGCUGCGAGAUUCACCAGCACGCGUCGUGCAUCAUUGAUGAAUGAUGAUGAUUCGGGGGAUAAUGACACCGAUUCUUCCCCCCUCCUCCUCCUCCUCCCGGAUCAAUAUCUCUUCGCUUCCAUACCCGAAGCCACGGCACAUCAUACGCAAAUUGGAGAAUUCAGCGACAUCAAUUAUUUCAAUGCAGGAUUCUUCCUCUUCGGGCCCUCGAUUCCUGUGUUUGAAUACUACACUUUCAAACUCCAGGAACAAGGGACUUGGGAUCCUAAAUACCCGGAACAGAAUCUUUUGAAUUAUAUUCAUAGUCAGUCCGGGAGGAUGCCUUGGACGAGACUCGACACGAAAUGGAAUGUCAAAUUUCCGACGGUGGGGGAUAAGGAGGAGGAGGGAGUGGUUAGUAUGCAUGAUAAAUUCUGGAGGGCGGAUGUGGAUGCGGGCUUGCAGGAUUAUUAUAAUUCGUUGAGGUGGAAGAUGGAGGGGUUUUAUGAGGGGUUGGAUGUGGGGAGGAAGAGUGGGUGGAGGGGAUGA